GUGUUCCCAUUCCGGGGUAUCGGGCUGGGAGGAAGUUUCUAUCCGGUUUGAGUCCUGAGUGUCAAACCGCGGCAGCAGCAGCUGAAGCUCCUCCGCAGCAGCGCAGCGAGGCACAGCCAGCCGGCGGGCCAUGCUGCUCUACUGAGCUCCCUCACACCACCACCGCCGCCGCCGCCGCUCCUCUCCUCUCCAACCACGUUCGUCUUGCUCAUGUUUACUCUGUUCUUUCGGUAACUUCGGAAACUCGGCGAAGCUUUUCAGGCUUAAGAUUUUCUCGAGAAAAAUGGCGGAUGUGGCUCCAGCUGGCGCGGAGAAGAGCCUGGACGACUUCUUCGCCAAGCGCGACAAAAAGAAGAAGAAAGAAAAGGGCAAAGCCAAAGAGUCGGGCCCGGCCAGCGCCCCGGCCGUGGUGAAGAAGCCGAAGAAGGAGAAGGAGAAGUCGGCGAAGAGCGAGAGCCAGGACGCGCUGGCGGAGAAGGAGGAUGAGGAAUGGAAGGAGUUUGAACAGAAGGAGGUGGACUACAGUGGCCUGAGGCUCCAGGCCUUGCAGAUAAGUGAUGAAAAAGAAGAGGAAGAGUAUGAGAAAGAAGAGGUUGGAGAGGAUGGAGAGAUCAUCCUGGUCAGUGGCGAUAAAAUCUCUGGCCCAUGGAACAAAUCUGGAGGUCCUCCACCAGCUGCUCCUGUGGAGGAGAAAGAGGUCCCAGAGUCAAAGCCUUCUGGAGUAUAUCGUCCCCCUGGGGCCCGAUUAGGCCCCACAAAAAGAGGCCCAUCACAGGGACCUCCAGAGAUCUUCAACGAUACGCAGUUCCCCUCCCUGCUCGCUACUGCCAAACACGUAGAGACUCGCAAGGAUAGAGAAAUUGAGAAGACCUUCGAAGUGGUCAAGCACAAGAGCCGUCCCAGAGAGGGUGAAGGCCCGGCCACCAUGCAGCAGCUACAGUUGGACAACCAGUUUGCCGUUCUGGGGGACAAGUAAUACGUCACCACCUUCUCACCCCUCCUCAGCCCACCACCAACGGUGCAGUCCGAACUGCGGGGAAAGAUGAUGACCUGCCGCUGUGCUGAUGCAGUCCUGACCAUGCUGGAGACGCCUGCAAUACACACGAACUCAAACACGGUAUCUAAACUGAAUAGUCAUUUCUCUCGCUCUCUCCCACACACGGUCGAACGCGGAAACAAGCUGUACUAAAUGAUCGUCUUCUCUCACACACAGACACAAACACACACAGAUGCGCCACAUAAAUCUUGACGGAUGCCAUGAAAUGUCACACACACGCUUGGCUGGCCAAGGUCCUCUCUUAACGAAUGCGUUCUAAAGGGCUGUGGCAACGGGGACUGAGCGACUUCUUCAAAUUCUGCUUCAUAUGACGGAGGACACCCAAACGAACGACGCUGUAACAACAGGGGGGAAAAAAGACUAAUUUAGUGACGGUGGAUUUACUCGGAGCAACGGUUGGUUGGUUGCUUGGCUACACCACAGGCCGUCAGCUAAACCUUGAGAGAGGCCACUCCGAGGAUGGACCUUGAUUUCGGGUGUGAUCGAUCUAAAGAACUGCUGUUUGAAACACACACCGUUUCUUUUUCCUUUUCUUUCCGAAAUCAACAGAUCUCCCGAACAUUAGGUUGUUUUUCUUUGUGACGUGAACGAACGAGCGAGCUGAGAGCUUUCGGUUUGGGCACGAGUGAGAGGCGUAGGCCACCCAUCUGCGGUUACCACGUCGACCGAGUCGAACACCAUCCCGAACCGAAGAGGAGCGCCUAACUUUUUAUCCAAAACUUGAAGAUUCUUUUUUUUUUGCCCCCCUUUUCAUUUCGUUUUCCUCCCCUGCCUGCGGGACUCUAAGAUCUGUCGACAAGGGAAAAAUGGUCUUUGUAUCGACACGCUAUUUAAAGUGGCCUUACUGUAUUGAAACAAGCUUAGAAAAAUGUGAUGGAAAUAUAUAAAUAUAUGAGAGUGAGAGAAAAAUC